UGAGCGCCGCCGUCACACCACCUCCCGCCCCGCCAUAGAUGCCGCAACCGGACACUGCUCAGCCGUUAUCUCGUAGUACACAUUAUCUUUAUACCUAUAUCUAUACAUCUAUAUACGUACAAAAUAUAUGCCCCACCACUAAUCCCCACUACUAGUUAACACCUAACUUCCAGAACUCGAUCAUCCCCCACCAUUCAUAAUAAUAAUAAUAAUAAUAAUAAUAAUAUUAAUAAUAUUAAUGACGAUUAAUUAUUAAGCACUAAUAUUCAGUCAUAGUUUUGUUUUAACAGUGUCAAGUUGUAAAUCUCGGUUUAACUUUAUCAGUAUUAAUAUGGCAGGGCCAAUAAGUGAAAUGAACCGUUUGUAUAAAUAUGUUGCACCUUCAUCGCCGUCCGAACUCAUCGAUUGUAGUAAUUUCACGAUUGACUUUGAAAAUCGCAAGUUUUUAAACAUCGGAUUCGAUCCAAAAGAUAAAUUUAAUAUUGUGCUGCGAAUUAUUACACCGGCACGGUAUGUUAAUAUUUCUCCAGACUUCUUGAAGCGUAUUUAUUCAUUCAUGGGUAAUAUUUUAUCCCACAUUCUCGAUCCUGCUGUGAAAUAUAAAAAAUUCACUUUUUUGGAAUGUGAAUCGGUUUUGAUCACAAGUAUGGUAUAUAAAGGAGAGCAUGUAUUAGUCGUAGAGUCUAAAGAAACAAGCGGAUGUAGAAUUUUAUUGAAUAGAAGAGAUCUUAUGACAAUUCAAGAUUUAGAGUGGAUGAUUUUUGAAACCGUAUCAAGAAAAAUCAAUAUCGUAAGACCUAAUAUUUUAAAUCAACUCGAACAAAUAUCCGAAUACUUUAAAACAGAUUUUAAUAUUGAUAAAUCAGCUACACUCGAUGAAGUUAUAUCAAUAAUCAGAGGAAUUCAUAUUGAAUUAAUCGCGAAACAUAUACAAAAGAACAAACAGAGUUUUUUAACCCAAAUAAUAUUAUUCGCAACUGAACAGCUUGCAAUCAAUUGGAUGACAAAAUCGAGAAAUUCGUUAAAAACAGUUGAUGCACCGGCAGAAUUUAUUUCACCAACCAAGAGAAAUGAGAUGCACGAUGCUGAGGAAUUAAAGUUUUAUUCUGAAACCUUUGAUGUGGAAAUGCUACAACUUCACCACCAAGAUACUCAAGUAUGUCUCCGUUGA